GCUACUUAUUACGCCAGCAACAACAGUCACCGAUAAGAAAAUAAAACAAAAGUUUAUUGUAUAUAGAUCAAGUUGGAUGAUGUUCCCUUUUUAUUAUUAUUAUUAAUUUCAUUCCUUAUAAAUUACCGAGAUGACAGAUAUAGCAAGUGAUAGUUCUGAUGGUAUUUCCUUUGAUGAAAGAACUACUAAUGAUACAUUUCAAGAACGUUUACGUCAAGCACAACUUAGCACAGAUGAUAAUUUGCCUAAUGAAGACUUUACAACCGAUUUAUUCUUUGAUUCUGAUGACGCAGAAGCAUUGAGGAGACAGGUAAAGCGUCUCGAAUUACAAGUUAUGAUUGCUGAAAAUCGAGUUAAAGACAUGGAAACUAAGCUUGCAGCUUGUAAACAAAGACGACAAAACGAAUCUGGGCUCACUAACAUGACUCCAGAAGAAAGAGCAGCAUAUGCUGAAGAAGAAGAGAAAAGGAUAAAUAAAGCUAAAGAAAAAAGAGAAAGAGCAAGACGACGUAAAGAAGCAAAAGUAUUAAAAAAAGAUGCGAGUACUGAUGAGGAAUCAGAAAAUGAGGAACAAGAUACAUCAGAAGAGUCAGAAAUCGAGAAAGAUAAUACACCUGAUUGGGAUGUUGUAUUUGAAUAUCUAUUAUUAUUAGAGAGCACAUUAGAUGAAGAAGCUACAAAUACCCUUUCAGGAUCAGAUUUUUUACCUCCAAAUUUAGGGUUACGUGAAAAAGCACUUAAUCAUGAAGAGGUAAAAAGGCAAGUCGCUUAUUCUUCUAUAGAAAUUUCAAAAGCAAAAAAUGUUUUAGAAAGCAAUUUAACCGAGAAAGAUGGGAAUAUUCGACAUUGUGAGCUAUCUGGAACUUCGUAUGACCAAACAUUUAAUAUUAUAUUUGAUGUAAUGGAACCUCAGAUGAUUGUGAACAACUUGGAGUUUGAGGUGGAUAUUGAUAUGCAAAUUGCAAUAGGCAAUAUACUAGAACAAAUCAAAGAAGACUGUAAUAUUAUGGCAUUCUUUCGUCUUUUAGUUCAUUAUGCAACUUUAGAUAAGCAACGAAAAAGUGUAUUUGAUCAACUUAUUCAAAAAUAUAAGGAUACUUCAGUAAAUAUAGAAAUGUUAUCUAGGGAUAAACUCAAAUUUGAAAGUACAACGGGAAAUGAUAUUUAUUUGACAUUUUUAUGGAAAAUGAUACCAGACGCAUUAGAAAAGGAGACAUUAGAUGCAAAUAUUGAAAACCAUAUUCAACCUAUGUUACGACUAGAUGCAAAAAUGCGCAAUAAAAAAGACGAAUCAGGUUUACUAAAGAAAGUUAAUGAUGGCUUUAUGUUCUUGGUUGAGCAACAAGGAGUUUAUCGAGCUGUUGAAUCCAUUGUAAAUAAAAUGUUUUUUUAAUCUUAAGCUUUGUGGCAGCUAUUAAGUAAUUUGCAUACAAUUACAUAAUGUACACAAUAAAAUUUUAAGCAAAUUAAAUUUAUUUUUGCUCAUUUGGAGAUGAGAAAAGCUUUAGCUACAGCUGAAGAACUUAGGUUGGGCCACUUGAAAAAUAUUUGGGACGUGGGUCACUUAGUUUAAAAUGGGACACUUGAUUAAAG